AUGACUUGAGUUUUUUAUUUGUUUUUGGGAGGGGUUGUGCUAGGCGCGAUGGCAGUGGCUUCGAAUCCUUCACCUCAUUAUUCUGCUUUUGGAAUGGUAUUUGUUGCGGGGUGUGGGGGAGUUUUAUUGAUGUCUCAGGGUAUGAUUUUUUUAGGGAUGCUUCUAUUUCUUAUUUAUUUAGGGGGUAUGUUGAUUGUGUUCAUGUUUGCGAAUGCUCUUGCUAGUGAGGCUCAUCCCAUAGCUUGGGGAAGUCAGGGCGCUGGGUUUUCUGCGGGGGUUUAUACAUGCAUUGUGGCGUUGGCCUAUGUUAUGUUAGGAGAAGGAUGAGGGGGCUUUUUUUGACACUCAGUAGAGGAAUUAAAUGGGUUUUCUAUGUUUCGAGGAGAUCUAGGAGGAGUUGCCUUAAUGUAUUCUAUAGGAGGGGGUAUGUUGGUUAUCAGCGCCUGGGUUUUACUUCUAACCCUAUUCGUGGUGUUGGAGCUAACUCGGGGCUUAAGUCGAGGGGCUUUGCGUGCAGUCUAA